CGGCGCUGCGCACAAGCACAGCAUCCAAAUCGCUCCCAGAGGGAAGGAGAACACAUCAUACACAUCGCCAUUUAGUUCUGGUGCGGCGAAUCCAAUCAGCAUUGUAGGAUGCCUCUUGGAGAGGAUGGAAAUGGAUGGAAAAAGAAGACAUCAGACAUCAAAGACCAUUAUGACUUCAAAGAAGUGCUGGGAACGGGGGCUUUCUCCGAGGUCGUUCUAGCAGAGGAGAAGAGGACCCAAAGGCUGGUGGCAAUCAAGUGUAUCCCCAAGAAAGCACUGGAGGGCAAAGAAAACAACAUUGAAAAUGAGAUUGCUGUACUACACAGAAUCAAGCACACCAACAUUGUUUCACUGGAAGACAUCUUUGAAAGUUCAUCCCACUUAUAUCUUGUCAUGCAGCUGGUAUCUGGAGGUGAGCUUUUUGACAGGAUUGUGGAGAAAGGCUUCUACACAGAGAGAGAUGCCAGUCAGCUCAUCCACCAGAUCCUGGAUGCGGUCAAAUAUCUUCAUGAUAUGGGAAUUGUCCACAGAGACUUGAAGCCAGAGAACCUGCUGUAUUACAGCAUGGACGAAGACUCCAAAAUCAUGAUCAGUGACUUUGGCUUGUCAAAGAUUGAGGGAGCAGGCAGUGUCAUGUCCACAGCCUGCGGCACUCCAGGAUAUGUGGCUCCUGAAGUGCUGGCUCAGAAGCCUUACAGCAAAGCAGUGGAUUGCUGGUCCAUAGGAGUAAUUUCAUAUAUUCUGUUAUGCGGAUAUCCCCCAUUUUAUGAUGAAAAUGAUGCCAAGUUAUUUGAGCAGAUUCUGAAAGCGGAGUAUGAAUUUGACUCUCCGUAUUGGGAUGACAUUUCAGAUUCAGCAAAAGACUUUAUCUGUCACUUGAUGGAGAAAGACCCUUUGAAGCGGUAUACGUGUGAGCAAGCCCUUCAGCACCCAUGGAUCUGUGGAGACACUGCCUUGGAUAAGAAUAUCCAUGAAUCUGUCAGUGCUCAGAUUAAGAAGAACUUUGCCAAAAGUAAAUGGAAGCAAGCUUUUAAUGCCACAGCAGUGGUGCGCCACAUGCGGAGGUUGCAACUGGGCACCAGUCUCGAGGGGCCCAGUCAGAUUACUCCCACCAGUCCCUGCCAUGGACACCUGCUGCCGGAGGAGGAGGAAGAUGAGGAGGAGGAUGACGUGGGGAAUGGGGAGGAGGAGAGUUUGUCCCACUAUGAAGAUGGCCGUCGUGGAAGCACUGAGGGCAGCACAGAUCGGGACAGUCUGAGAAGCUGCACCUAUUGCUGCAGGCCAGCCAGCCGCGUCUGAGCACAAACUCCCGUUGCCAUGGUGAUGUGUAACCCUGGAGCGUCAAGAGUCCGCCCCGCCCAGUCUGGCCAGGAAUGCAGAGUAGUAUGAGGCAGUGUCCAGCAGAGAACGCUCACAGCAAGGUCACUGUUACAGUGUAGAGAAACAUAGUCUAGUCCAAAACCACCUCCUGACUGAACAUACACACACAUUUUAACCUUGUUGCAGAACAAUAUGAAGGGUUGCUCCAAAUGGACGGCGCUCAUGACAGAUUGAAAGAAGAGCCAGUCAACAUGGUAAUCCUGAAAUCAAGCCCAUGAGCUACCCAAAGCUAUGGUAGAGUGCCAGGCUUUGUAAAGAAAUACUGGUGACUGGGCAGUGUGUACAUGACAAGAAGUGGUUCUGGAUACAGCCUCAGGAAGGAACUAAGCCCAUGAGUCAGUGGCUUACAGGCAGUGUUCUCCGUUAUUUUUCUUUUCACCUACCUGUCACAUCUACCUCUAAUCAUAGUGUGACUGUACAUCUAUAUCCGUCUGACCCACAUACCCUAAAUUACUGAUAGCUUUCUCCAAAAUCUGGUCAGACAGGGCAGAAGGAAAGACAACAUAUUUGAGAGAAAAAUUAUGCUGUCUAACAGAAAAAAAAGCUACUCCUGCAUGUCUUAAUACCCCUUCAUCUGACUCAGUCUUCCCAUAUAGGACAACCAACCAAGUAGAUGUUUUGUUCAGCAGAGUCAGUUUUAAAAGUGUGUUUUCACUGCCAACACCACAUACCUUUUUAUUCUAUUCCAGCCUCUGUUGUUAUUUUUUUUUUGUUUAUUUGUUUAUUUGUUUGUUUGCAUUCUUGUUUCCACCAUGUAUGAUUAUUACUCCUUUUGUUUAAAACCUAUUGUGAAAGAGACGUUUGAAAGUUGGAGAUGAUAAUGGGGAUUAUGGACUCUAUAUUCUGGCUCAGACUGGGUUUGUGAUGAGCGGUUCUGACCCGAAGUGUCUGCAUGCUUCUGUUGGGGAAAACAGUGAAAUGUAUGAAUAUCAAAAGGAGAACUUUUUAUUUUUCUUAUGGCUGUUCUGUUGUCAGAGGCUCAAACUGAGAUCCCCGUACGUCCAUCAGAUCCCAGGAAUCCGGCGUUCGUCCCUGGCCUCUCAUCUUGAUGAGAGUUGAGGCACAUUUAGAAGGUGUGAUCACGCUGAGCUUCUGUUAAGCUCAUUCUGCCCAAAACACUCACAUCAUUGCUAAUCCUCCCUGUCUUGUUUCUGACAACCCUCUAAAUAUCCCGCUGCUGUCGAUCACAUGGUCUGGCCCAGGUCAGGAGGGAUCUCAGUCUGGGUGCUCCUCCUGCUCUGUGCUGUGCACCUCUAGUGGAAGAAGUUUUGGUCUACUGUUUGCAUGACCUGGUUAAAUAUGUUUACAUGAAUGAUGAUCAAUUAGUAUAAACACACAUGAUUAUUAUUACUCUAUUGUAUUGAAAAUGAUGUAAUACUGUAAUUUUGAGCUAUAUAAUGUGAAGUGAAUAACACCAGAAGUAAUGUUGUUGACAAAAGUACAACACAGCACAGUCUGGACUGUACCUUAACCUUUGCAUCGACUAUGAUGGUCAAGUUUCUACCUGAGUGACAUUUCUCCUGUGGUAUGUUAAUUUAGAGCUUUGAUGAGUUUUUUUUUUUUUUUUUUUUAAAUCUGUUUAUUUGCAUUUACAUUGCCUACAUGGCCUCUAUCAAACCAUUCACCUGUAUCUGACACCCCGACACUAUUUUUUUCUUGCUGUCACUUAUAUCCCAAUCUUAAAUAGGUGACAGACACAACAAAAAACUUGGAACAAACACAGAGUAAAGAUAAGAUGUGAUGAAAACCAUUUUGCUCAAAACAUCACCUGUCAAAGUCUCAAUAAACUGAUCCACCUUGGGAGUAGCUUUGAGGAUACAAACUGGGGAUAGUUGUGGGUGUUGGGCUGCAGAUUCUCUAAUACAGUCUUAUGAAUAUACCACUGAAAUGAAUGGUCAUGAUUCUGCAAGAGAGAGAAGCAUGAGACAAAUUCUUCCCUGUGACAUUUGGCAAAAAGUAUUUUAAUCCUUCUAUCCAUCAUACCACAUCAUUGCUAUGUUAAAAGUAUGUUGGAUUGUUGAUGCAAUACUGUAUCUUGAGGGCUGUGGAGACAGCCAACUAACCCAUAAUGUUUUGUUGAAUUUGAAUAACUAUGAAUUGUUGUUACCCACAUUAAACCAAUUACCUUGAUCUGUCAUUGAUGCGUAAGGGUCCCUAGUACAGGAAAAGAGGGCAAUCACUCUGGAUUUACAUGACUGUAAUUGUGGAAAAUAUGCAAACUGUAUUUGAAGGGCUUCAUGUUAACUGUAAGAUAGACAAUGUUGAUGACUUUAAUAACCUGGCUAUUAUUAGUUUGGUAAUGACCUUAUGUUUAACCUAAACUGGGAUUUGUUUCCACUUGCCUGUGUAUUUCGUUUUUCUUUGGUUUUAUUUUUUUUGAAGAUGCUUAGUUUACCCAUUACAAACACAUCCAAAUGCAUAAAGAAACACAUGUAUAUUAUAUAUAUAAAUAUAAGUAUAUAUUGUAUAUCCUUUUUUGUAAAAGCUGUUUUGAGCUACAAAUGUAUGGAUGCAAUGCAUCAUGGGUUAUUGAUCAACAUGUAAGAAAAUGCAAUGAUUUGUACCCACAGAGAUACGAUUGCAGGAAACGAAAUAAAACUUCCUUGUCUAUG